ACAGUACAAAUUUGGUUUAAAAGCAUCGGUCGAACACUGAGCCGGUAGUAGAUCUGUUUUUGCUCUUGACUCCCAUUGAAAACGCUCAGAACUGCAACAUGAAGCUCGAGUUUGCUUUGCUUACAGUGGUCGGUUUGAUUGCUAUGUCCGUCGGUCAGCAACCAAUCAGCCAGGAGUGCAUGACCCGUCCGAACGACAAGAACCCAAAGGAAUGUUGCAAGGCACCACAUGUCAUACCGCCCAAGGAUCAGUUCAAGGAAUGUAUGCAAAAAUUCCCGAAACCGAGUAGCCCUCCCACGCCGGGAAGUGCACCUCCACAUCACAAUUGUCUAGCGCAAUGCGUGUUUGAGCAACAAGGCAUCAUGACGGACGGUGUGGUGAACAAGGAUGCUGCGAGCAGCAAGAUGGUUGCCACGCUGGGAUCAUCUCCCGAGUGGGAAACAGUUGCGAAGAAUGUCGUUGAUACCUGCUACCAAAAGGUGUCCUCGCUAGGGGCGCAAAAGGACAGCGAAGGAUGUAGCGUAAUGGCCGGUAGCUUCAUGGACUGCAUGCCUUCGAUGAUGUUUACCAACUGCCCUGCCUCGGCUUGGACUGCCAGCACCGAAUGUGAACAGAUGAAGGCUCACUUGCAAAAGGGUUGCCCCAUUAUGACCUUGUGGAAAGGACCGCCACCACAUUAAGAUGACAAUUACACAUAAAAAAGAAAUAUUCAGAAUGACUUUGAUCAUGUAUUAUAAAAUAUAAAAUAUAAAGAACAAAAACUCACACAUUCCAAUAAAACUCUUUCUUUUA